AUGGUCUCAAAGCUUAGGUUUAAAGGUUCAAAAAAGCGUCGGCAUCAUUCAACAAAUCAUCAUGGUGAAAAGAAACAAAGGGUCGGCGGGAAUAAAGCAGAGAUAAAAUUUCUCAUAAAUAACAAACUUCAAUCAGCAGAUCAGAUCGAUCCCAAAAUCUUUACAAAAUGCAAUUGGACAAGUGCAACAACCAUUACGGAUCUUAAGGAAGGGAUGCCUAUUGUGAUAGGAGUUACUAGAAAGGGAAUAGAGGAUAACAACAAAAUUGGUGUUAUCUCUGUUGCCCAUGAUAAACUAAAUAUUACAAUAGCUAAAGAAAGUGACCUCAAAAUAACUGCCAAAGGAGAUUCAAUUAACUUUCUUCCAAAAAUGAAUUUGGAAUCACCAAUAUACAGAGUAGAGCCCGAGAACAUUGCUCAGAUUUUCACGGUUGUUAGGGUGGAUAGCAUACUAUCAACGAAACAUAAAGUAGAUAUACCGGAUGCUGAAAAGACAUACGUUUAUAUUGCAUUGAAAAAUCCCAAAACCAAAAAGUUCUUGUCACACAAUUCGGAAAAGCAUACACUAUGUAUGUCAUCUACCUUGACGGCGCAGGAGAUAUUCAAGUUCAUAUUAAAGCCAACAGAUACAUCAAAUUUCCAGAUAUCAAUGGAAACAGACGGGAGCGAAGACGGGAAAUCUAAUGAAUCAUAUAAACUGAUCGUUACAGACAAAUUAAAGCCACGCUUGAUAUGUGAUCCUGAUGACUUGCUCGAUGAUUUGAACCAGUUUAAUAUCAGAGUACAAAUAGCAAAUUGCAGUUAUGCCGAAUCGCUGAUUGACGAAAUAAACAAACUGCAGACAACUCAACCAGACCAAGAAGGUGCUGUUGAUGAAAGCAUACGGUUGGCACUGAAAGAACUUCAAAAGUCUGGAAUAAAAAUCACAGACAAAAUUUAUUACCAAUUGAAGGAAGCAGACAAAGAGGGCAAACUGCACGAGUUCUUGCUUGAUUUGAAGGAGAAGUACCUAACUGAUAGAAGGGCAUAG